AUGCACAAGAAAACCAGCAAGGUCGACAUCACUGACUGUGCUUCCAAGUUCGGCUCGGUGCUCUCGGUAAGGAUCUGGUAUGGGUUCGGAACAGCGAUAGUCGAGAUGGGGGCCGCGGUGGAAGCAAGGGCCAUGGUCGAAGCAAACAGGCGCGAUCCAGUGGUGAUCCGAGGGAAGAAUGUCGAGAUGAACUUCGGCUUUCCUGCAUCUGAGGAGCAGAAGUUCAAGGAGGAUCCUCGGAAUCCGGCCUAUGUCGAGAAAGAGGUCAGGAGGCUCCUGCACUUCCUGGUCGAUAGGGUGGAGCAGAAGGAACUGAAGCAUGCUUCGCACUUGCUGCGUGAGAGGCACAACGGGCUCAAAAGGUCCAUGGAUGAACAGCUCUCACGUUCUGGGAAGCUCUUUUCGGACAUGUGCUGGGAUUGGGUAGUGUCAGGAGGAUUCUGUAGUAGAGGAGAGUUUUGCAGCUUCAGACAUGAAAUGGUUCCUUUCUGUGAAGUCCCGUCCAGAUAUCGAUGGCUCACACGCAAGGACACUUUCUCGAGCUCGCGGGAGUCGGCCAUACACAAGACGGCUGUCAAUGAAAUCCUUGUCAGGCUGUCCAGAACAGUGCAAAACAAGAAGAUGCUGAUUCUGGAUGGUGCGUCCUGCAACUCAGUGAGAGCUCUCUCUAGCUCUGAUCAGAGAAGCUGCAAAGAAGAAAUUUUCGUGCCCAACAACUGCACAGAAACAUAUUUGAAGAUUUGUGGGUCCAAUCUUUGUACAGUGUUUCACGGGAGUGUGAGGGCAUUCGUAGACUCUGUUCCAUCCCUCAGAUUUGGACUUGUGUACCUGGAUUAUUGCUGCACCCUUGCUGCAGGCCGCAGACGUGUAGAGAAAAGCCCGAUCGCAGACUUGUUCACAAUGUUCAGCUACGGUCAAUUCGAUCCAUCAGGUUGCAUUCUGUGCGUUUGCUUGGCAGAUCCUGAGGACCGAGACAAGAAGUCAAGUCGUUCUGCACAGAAAUCAAGACAUCUGACAAAGCAACAGAAAGAGCAGCAGACAUCAGCGAGCUCCUCGGGGAGUUCGGAUGAUUCCAGCGACGACGACCGCUCAUCAGAUCAGGAUUGGGGUCAAGCACAAGGCACCUUGCAUUGGAGUGCCGAGAGGGUUGCCCUGUGGAGGGAUGGCCGUGCUUGCCACGAGGCAUCGGGGGAGAUACGCGAGCUCAAGGUGCAUGGCCUUGUGAGCAACUAG